AUGAAGGCCAACUUCCUGGCACUCGGUCUCUUUGGCCUGGCUGGCGCCUCGGCCGUCCUGCCUCACGAUGACUACAAGCCUGGUAGUACGAGCAGCUGGAAGCCCAAGUCGAAGAGCCCCGAGUUCUUCAACCUCCGCGUCGACGAGAAGUGCAACGUUGUCAACGGUGUGCCUGAGGCUGCCGCUGACUGCCCUUUCAAUGGAUACGCCAUCAGACUCGAGGGCGGCAUCUUCAUUGCCACUCCUUAUAACAAGUGGUGGGACCCUAAGCUUCCCACCUUUUUCGUCGACGACGACACACAGCUGUACACUGUCAGCAAGGACCCCCUCCAGGUCUACAUUGACGGCAUUACCGGUGCCCUCAAGUACACCAAGAUCGGCUGGCUCCCACCUAACGCCAUUGCGAUCAGCUUCUACCACACCGGUAACAACCCUCUUGGUCUGGUCGACCCCAGCCCCUCGUACCUCAGCUGGCCCAGUACCCAGGGUGGCAGCUUCUUCGGUAGUCCUUGGGUCCUCUGCCCUCUCGGUAGCACCCUUCAGUACCAGAUCUUCAUCAACAGCGAGAACUUCGGCAUCGGCGGCCCUGCAGGUGUUGCCAAGGACCCCGGCUCCUGCGUUUCUCGCAACCUUGCCGCCGUCAACGCUAACCCCUGGAAGCAGGAGAGUAGCCCUGCUCCUUACUACCCUCCUCAGCCUUACCCUGGCUACGGUGGCUCCGCUGGUAACUACUAG